AUGCCCAACCAGUUCAACCAUGACACUCAGGAGGAAGUGGGUCUGGAGGUGCACCAGUUCUGGCCUCUGGUGCGGAUCCGCUGCUCUCCGGAUCUGUUGUUCUUCCUGUGCAGCAUGUACACGCCCAUCUGUCUUCCGGACUACCGCCGGCCACUGCCGCCGUGCCGCUCGGUGUGUGAGCGAGCUAAGCGCGGCUGCUCGCCGCUCAUGAGUCAGUACGGCUUCGAGUGGCCCGAGCGCAUGAGCUGCGAGAACCUGCCGGCGCUGGGCGAUGAGACGCUGUGUAUGGACCAGAACAGCAGCGAGAGCACCACCACCGCCCCCUACGUCCCCAAACCCACCCCCAAACCCCGGCCCCGCCCCCACGCCCCCCCCUUGCUGGGUUGCGAGCGCCAGUGCAGCUGCAGGGAGCCUCUGGUGCCCACAAAGCGCGACUUCUACAGCCGCAGCAGCCGCAUCAGCACUGCGCACCUGCCCAACUGCGCCCAGCCUUGUCGUCAGCCGUACUUCUCUGCAGAGGAGCACGCCUUCACCGCCUUCUGGAUCGGAUUAUGGUCCAGCUUAUGUUUUGUGUCGACGCUAACCAUCGUAGCGACAUUCCUUAUCGACAUGGAGCGCUUCAUUUACCCAGAGAGGCCCAUCAUCUUCCUGGCCACAUGUUAUCUCUUCGUGUCUUUGGGCUACAUCAUCAGACUGGUGGCUGGACAUGAGCGCGUAGCAUGUAGCAUUAGCGACCCGCCUCAUAUUCUGUAUGACACAACCGGUCCGGCCCUUUGCACUUUAGUUUUCUUGCUCAUCUACUUCUUCGGCAUGGCAAGCUCCAUCUGUCUGGAUCUGGUCCGGGAAGACGCUGGACACCUGGAGGAGGUUUCUAUCGCGGAUUUGCCCGUGCUGGAUGCAGAAGAGUACCGCUCCUCCGUCCAUGUACAGUGA